AGGGGAAAGGGUGAAAAAGCAAGCAUAAGCGUGGUUAUUUUUGCAGUCUCGACUCAAGCUGUGUGAGCUCAGUUGACAGUGGCAUCAUCAUCACCAUCUUCAUCAUCUCAAUGUCAAUUCUAAAUCAACUCUUCAGCAGAGGCGUGUUUUCUACUCGAUGCAAAACAUGCCUGAAUCUGUCGAUCUCGCGCAUUAAGCUUCUACAAAACAAGAGAGAUGUGCAGCUGAAACAAAUGCGUAGGGAGAUAUCACAAUUCUUGCAGGCUGGCCAAGAGGCAAUUGCUAGAAUUCGUGUGGAGCAUAUCAUACGAGAACAAAAUAUCUGGGCUGCGUACGAAAUAUUGGAGUUAUUCUGUGAAUUUGUUCUUGCACGUGUACCUAUAAUUGAGAGCCAGAAGGAAUGCCCCUCAGAAUUGCGAGAAGCCAUUGCAAGUAUAAUUUUUGCUGCUCCUAGAUGUUCAGAUAUACCAGACUUAUUACACAUCAAAAACUUGUUUACCACCAAGUAUGGAAAAGAAUUUGUGACUGCAGUAUCUGAACUUCGUCCUGAUUCAGGCGUGAACCGCACGAUUAUUGAAAAGCUUUCAGUUAGUGCCCCAUCUGGAGAGGUAAAACUCAAGGUCUUGAAGGAGAUUGCGAAAGAAUACAAUCUAGCUUGGGAUUCUUCUAAAACUGAGGCUGAAUUUAGGAAAAAUCAUGAAGAUCUCCUGGGUGGAACAAAACAAGUUGGAGUUGGGGCUGCACCUUCUCGUACUCCCAGCAAAAAGGGUUCUGAUUAUUCCUCACCGAGUACUAUGGAACAUUCUAUCAAAUCUAACCAUGACAAACAAGAACAUAAACACCUUGAAGCUCCCAUCCCUUCUAACAAUAAUUCAUGGUUAAAUACCAAUGAAAUUGAAGAGUCACACAAGAACAACGGUGUCCCCGUUAGAGAUGCUAAGAGUGAGACCAAACUACCAUCCUCUGAUGUAUUAGAGAAGGCCCGAGCUGCCAUUGCUUCUGCUGAUCGUGCAACUGCAGCUGCUCGUGCUGCUGCUGCGCUAGUACACAGUAAUUUUGGAUCAUUGAAGCGGGACAAUUAAUCUUACAGUGCUCAAAGUGCUUUGCUGAGGAUCUUAAGGUUGGAACAACGUUAAGACCUGAAUGCCAAUGGAAAAAUAUGUUCUUUGUUAUGAAGAUAACGGUUUCUUACAGUAUUUAUUGUACAUUCUAUAAUAUUAAUACAUGUAUAUUAUUAUUAUGGUAAAGGAAUGGAAUGCUGAACUUGCAUAAAUCCAUCAUAGUUCUUGCGAAUCUGAUGUUUGUGUAUCAUGUGUUGAAUGAUGUUACUGCUACAAUGUGAUUCAAAUAACAGUUUUUUACCUAGGGAA